AUGGGCGAGGGUCCCUCUAGCCCUCUGGCCCUCUGGGGCGACGUCCCUUUUCGCCUCCGUAAUUCGGAUACGGGCAACAACGUGUCCUCUAGAGCGCGUGUCAUCCCAACACCGCUGCCUGGAUACAACGUGUAUAUAUAUAGAUCGCAGAAGACCAGUAUAGAGAUCAAACGUGGUCCCCGUCGAAGUUCGCCGCAAGCAGAGAAAGAAAAGAGGGUGACGGAGACUACGCCCACCGCCAUCAGCGUGCGUAUUUCUGUAAUCCAAAACAAAAAAACACCCACCUCUCCUCCUUUCCCUACUUGUCCUUUUUUCCCUUCCCCUAUCAAAUCUCAACCUUCUCUAAACCACCUACUACGUACCUGGCUUCGAGGCUCCGCCAACAUGGGUAUCACUUUCUCGAGGCUGUUUGAUAGACUUUGGGGUCGCAAGGAGAUGCGAAUCCUGAUGGUCGGUCUUGACGCCGCCGGAAAGACCACCAUCCUGUACAAGUUGAAGCUCGGUGAAAUCGUCACCACCAUCCCCACGAUCGGUUUCAACGUCGAGACCGUCGAGUACAAGAACAUUCAAUUCACCGUGUGGGAUGUCGGUGGUCAGGACAAGAUCCGUCCUCUGUGGCGCCACUACUUCCAGAACACCCAGGGUAUCAUCUUCGUGGUUGACAGCAACGAUCGGGACCGUAUCGUCGAGGCUCGCGAGGAGUUGCAGCGCAUGUUGAACGAGGACGAGCUCCGGGACGCCCUUCUCCUGGUUUUCGCCAACAAGCAAGAUCUGCCGAACGCCAUGAGCCCCGCCGAGAUCACCCAGCAGCUUGGUCUCCAAUCUCUCACACGCCGUGCUUGGUUCAUCCAAUCCACCUGCGCCACCACCGGCGACGGCCUUUACGAGGGUCUGGAGUGGCUCGCCGACGCUCUCCGGAAGACGAACCGCGACUAA